AUGUCAUCAAGGACAAAAGUCCUAGUACCUCCGGGAAGACCUUCUUCACCUAGAAAAUUUUUUGCGCGAAUUUAUGGACACCUGGAAACAAGUAAGGAGGAUAAGAAAGAUUUCAAGUCUUCAGAUGUGAAAUCACCCAAGGUGGAAAAUUCGCAUGAUCGAGUCGAACCCUGUGAUGAGGAAGUGACAGAGAUUGAGCGAAGACUAUCGGAUGAGAGACCGGAUAUACGGAUCCGUGAACCGGAAGUCACCUGGUCGAAGAGGCCCGAAGAAGACGAGAGAAGACCCGAAAAAGGCCCAAGUCUACCACCUCUGGGCCUACCUUUUUUGCCUCAUGGAUUGUUCCCUGGGGGUUCAUCCCAUUCCAUGAAUCUUACCCACCUGGCUCAUCAGCACUCGAUACAGCAACAUCUUCAUGGGCUACCACUUCACGGACAAUCUGAUCAUCAUCUUCAUGGAUUUUCUGCUUUCCUCGCAAGAAGAAGGAGAAAAGAGGGAAGACCCAGAAGACAAAGAACGACAUUCAGUGGAGAACAAACGUUACAUCUCGAGGUUGAAUAUCGACGAGGAGAAUAUAUCUCGCGGGGUCGUCGAUUUGAACUCGCAGCAUCUUUGAGACUUACUGAAACCCAAAUUAAAAUAUGGUUUCAGAACCGAAGAGCCAAAGAUAAAAGGAUAGAAAAGGCACACCUUGAUCAACAAUACCGAAAUUACGCAAUGUCCAGCGGCUUGGUCAAUUUACCUAUUCAUGGAAUUGGAAGUUUUUGUAGACUUUGUUUAUUCAAAGAUACUUCUGGAAACAUCACAAAUCACACCUGUAUUCCGAUGAAUUUUGCAACUAACUUACCUUUGGCAAAAUAUUCUCACCUCAGUAGUAGUGGUAGUGAAACAUCUGAAAAUCCACGCAACGCAAUUACUCCUACUCAGUUACUGAAUUAA